CUUAAUUAAACAGCUGCCUCCCCACGCUCCGCGGCAACCAUCGCCGCCUCCGGUGGCCGCUGAUGUGUCACCUCGCUCCCUCCCCACCUCACCUCCGUUUCCCGCCAUUUCCCCCGGUCACCCGCCUCUCCUUCCUACUAAUCCCCUCCCGCGAACAAAUUCCCCGGCAAAACGGCAAUACCCUAAACCCAGGAGAAAAGGAGCAACCAUUCCUUCGCUCCCCUCUGCAAUGUCGUCGUCGGCGUCGCGCCGCCUCAGCAACGGCCGCUCGCCGCUCGUGCGGAAGCAGAGCCAGAUCACAGCCUUCUUCUCCUCCCCCUCCCCCUCCCCUUCCCCCUCCGGCCCGAACCAUGGCGCAUCCAAGCCAUCGCCGUCGCCGCUGAACCCUAGUGCGAGGAGGAGGCCCCCGCUCGCCGCGGCCUCCCAUUCCCCUCCCAAGCCACCGCCGCCGCCGCAGGAAGAGAAGAAGGGGAAGAAGGAUAAGAAGGAGAGGGAUGCCGCCGCGGCGGCUGCGCCUGCGCCUUCGGCGGAGGUGGUGGGAAGGCGGCUGCGGGUGUACUGGCCGCUGGACGACGCGUGGUACGACGGGAGGGUAGAGGCCUACGACGCGGGCUCCUGCAGGCACCGCGUGAAGUACGACGACGGCGACGAGGAGGAGGUCGACCUCGGGAAGGAGAAGUUCGAGUGGGCCACCGGUGAGGAGUCCACCCCACCGCCGCGGGCGAGGAAGCUGCGGCGUCUCCGGCGGAUGUCUGAUACUGCGGUGGCAAAAUCACCGGCUGCGGCGGAUGAGGAGGAUGGAGCAGGGGAUUCCACCGAGGACGAGAACUGGAAGACGGAUGCUGUGUCGGAGGAUGAUUCCGAGGUGGAGCUGGAUGACGAAGAGGAUGAGGACGUUGCGGCGAGAUCACGAAAGGGAAAGUCGAGGAAUUCCUUGCUGAUGUCAGGUUCAGCGCCUUCAACAUUGGAUUCUGGUUUGACAUCAGCGUCAGGAUCAACAAUUUCGAAGAGGAAAAAAGUGGAUGUUGGCUCCUUGGAUUGCGCUAAAAAGUUCAGCUUUGAAGCAGUUAAUGCCACUGGAAAAGUUGAAUCAGAAGUGCCAAUGAACUGUGACCCGAGGGAGCAAACUACAGAGAAGGUACCCACUGCUCUUACCAGAGAGGCGGCUGAGCGCUUUGGACAGCGGGAUGCAGAAAAAUUUAAAUUCCUUGGCAAAGCGCGCAAAGAUGCAAAAGGCAGACGUCCUGGAAACCCUGGCUAUGAUCCAAGAACCCUUUUCUUGUCUUCCCAGUUCUUGAAGAGUUUGACAGGUGGACAGAGGCAAUGGUGGGAAUUUAAAUCACAGCACAUGGAUAAGGUUUUGUUCUUCAAGAUGGGCAAGUUCUACGAAUUAUUUGAGAUGGAUGCUCAUGUUGGGGCGAAGGAGCUUGAUCUUCAGUACAUGAAGGGUGAACAACCUCACUGUGGAUUCCCAGAGAAGAAUUUAUCAGUAAAUUUGGAAAAAUUAGCUAAGAAGGGUUAUCGAGUUCUGGUUGUGGAGCAGACUGAAACGCCAGAGCAGCUUGAACUUCGACGCAAGGAGAUGGGUAUAAAAGAUAAGGUGGUGAGGCGUGAAAUAUGUGCAGUGGUCACAAAAGGAACACUGACAGAAGGAGAGUCCCUGCUGGUGAACCCAGAUCCAUCGUAUCUCCUGUCUGUGACUGAAAGUUAUCAACAUAGUUCAAAGAAGAGUCAAGACGCUUGUAUCAUUGGUGUUUGCAUAGUUGAUGUUUCUACAAGCAAAUUUAUUGUAGGACAGUUCCAUGAUGAUCCUGAGCGCCAUGGGUUAUGUUCGAUUUUGUCUGAAAUGAGGCCUGUAGAAAUCAUCAAGCCAGCUAAAAUGCUGAGUCCAGAAACUGAAAAGGCAUUAAAGAACAACACAAGGGAGCCUUUAGUAAAUGAGCUGCUUCCAUCCACAGAAUUCUGGGAUGCAGAAAAGACUGUUCAUGAGAUAAAGCAGUACUACAGCUCAGCAGAAAAAUCAAACACUGUCAAUGAUGAACAAAACAGUGUGGGCUGUCUUCCUAACCUAUUAAGUGAGCUAAUCGGAUUAGGUGACAGGACACAUGGACUUUCUGCUCUUGGAGGUUGUUUAUUUUAUUUAAGGCAAACCCUUCUGGAUGAGAAGGUACUUCCAUGUGCUGAAUUUGAGCCCCUUGCAUGCUCGGGGCUCAUCAACAACAUCCAAAAGCAUAUGAUACUUGAUGCCGCAGCACUGGAAAAUCUAGAAAUUUUAGAAAAUCUUAGAACUGGUGAUCUGUCAGGGACCCUGUAUGCACAAUUGAAUCAUUGUGUUACUGGAUUUGGAAAGAGGCUGCUCAAACGGUGGAUUGCGAGGCCAUUGUAUGAUCGCAGAGCAAUACUACAGCGUCAAAGUGCUAUUGCUACUUUCAAGGGAGUUGGGCAUCAAUAUGCUGUUCACUUUUGUAAGGAUUUGUCUAGGCUCCCCGAUAUGGAGCGCCUGCUUGCACGUCUUUUUUCUAGCUGCAGUGAUGAAAACAGGAGAAGUUCAUCAGUUGUUCUUUAUGAAGAUGCAUCAAAGAGACUGCUUCAACAGUUCACUACUGCUCUUCGUGGUUGCCAGCAGAUGUUCCAAACAUGUUCUUCUAUUAGUAUGUUGAUAUGCACAGAGGGAUCUCAACUAAAUGAUUUGCUCUCACCAGGCAAAGGGCUACCGAAUGUAUCAGCUAUUUUAGAUCGCUUCAGAGAUGCAUUUGAUUGGUCAGAAGCAGAUCGUAAUGGUCGGAUCAUACCUCGUGAAGGUUGUGAUCCUGAAUAUGAUGCCACUUGCAAUGCAAUAGAGGAGAUCGAAUCUAGUCUAAAAAAAUACCUGAAGGAGCAACGGAAGCUGUUGCGUCAUGCAUCGGUUAAUUAUGUUAAUGUUGGAAAGGAUAUCUACCUCAUUGAAGUGCCUGAGAGCCUGGGAGGUGCUGUUCCUGGAAAUUACGAGUUGCAGUCUACAAAAAAGGGUUUCUAUCGGUACUGGACACCAGAAGUGAAAGAACUAAUAUCAGAACUUUCGAAGGCUGAGGCGGAGAAAGAAUCAAAAUUGAAAGGCAUUCUUCAGAAGCUGAUUCAGCUAUUUGUUGAGCAUCACAGCGAGUGGAGACAAUUGGUUUCUGUUGUUGCUGAGCUUGAUGUCUUGAUAAGUAUUGCUAUUGCGAGUGAUUAUUUUGAGGGAUCAACAUGCCGCCCAACUAUCAAAGAAUCAAAUGACCUAGAUGAUACUCCUACUUUCCAUGCAAGAAAUCUUGGGCAUCCCAUUCUACGAAGUGAUUCCUUAGGCAAGGGUUCUUUUGUACCAAAUGAUGUUAAGAUAGGUGGGCCUGGGAACGCCAGCUUUAUUGUUCUUACUGGUCCGAAUAUGGGUGGCAAAUCAACUCUUUUACGCCAAGUUUGUCUUACCAUUAUAUUGGCACAGAUUGGAGCAGAUGUUCCUGCCGAAAACCUUGAGCUCUCUCUUGUUGACCAUAUAUUUGUUCGAAUGGGAGCAAGGGAUCAUAUUAUGGCUGGCCAAAGUACAUUCUUGGUGGAGCUCAUGGAGACUGCUUCGGUGCUUUCAUCAGCUACCAAAAAUUCUCUUGUCGCUUUAGAUGAGCUUGGACGGGGUACAUCAACUUCUGAUGGACAAGCUAUUGCGGCGUCUGUUCUAGAAUAUCUUGUUCAUCAUGUGCAGUGUCUAGGCUUGUUUUCUACGCACUAUCAUAGGCUAGCAGUGGAACACAAGGAUACCAAGGUAUCACUUUGUCAUAUGGCAUGCGAGGUAGGAGUGGGAGGAGGAAUGGAAGAAGUGACUUUCCUUUAUAGAUUAACACUUGGUUCAUGCCCCAAAAGCUAUGGUGUAAAUGUUGCUCGAUUGGCAGGAAUACCGGCUUCAGUGCUUCAAAUGGCUAACGAGAAGUCAAGUGACUUUGAGGCCAAUUAUGGGAAGCGACACCGUAUGACCAAAGAUAAGCAUGUCAGUGCGCAGAGUGAGGAUAAAUUUUCUGCCAUUAGGGAUUUGUUCCGUAUUGUGAAGGCAUGGCAUCGUCAUGGUGAUCAGGCAGAAAGUUUAAGUAUGCUCUGUGAAGUACAGAAGUGUGCCAAGGUGCAAGCUGUGGAAGAUUAAGCGAUCAGACGACCCGUUUGCUUAAUGGAUUGCCUCAAUUUUGCUACUUUGGUGGCUUUUUUUGCAUUGGUGUCAUGUUGAGAGUGCUGUGUUGGCAUAGGUUUAGUAAGCUCAUUUUGGAAUCAUCAAGGUUCAAGCCCAUAUGAAGAACUGGGUCAGGAUUCAUGGACGGACCAUGGAUUGAGACGAUUGAAUGUUUAUGGAGCUUACUUUCCUUUCCAACAAUUUUCUGCGCUCUCCAAUUCACUUACCAAAAGCCCAGGGAUGAUCACCUGUUCUGGAUAGUUUUCGAGCUCAGUUGUGUGCUUAGUUCAGUGCUGACCGGCCAAAUGACUAGAGAAAAGAUGUUGCUCAAAUUUGAUCUGAGCUCUGCAAAAUCUUCCCAUUUGUAAUUAUAGAGUAGAUGGUUACAUGAAAGGUGUAUAUGGUUACUGGAAAAUGGAAAUCAUUAAGUACUAUUGCAAACCAAUUUAGGCUUA